GCCAUUGGGGGAAGGAGAGACAGGGCAGCAGAGGUGGAGCUUGGGGGGGAAAUAGAAGCAUUGGGAAGAGGAGGAAGGUAAUCCAGUGGUCCAGGUGAAGGCUCUUGGGAUAGGAAGGGAGGAUGAGGGUAGAGCCAGCUGUCCUUGAAUCAGAAAAAGGCCAAGGUGCCACCAAGGCUGGGAGCAGAAGAGAGCUGUGGGAAGGAACCAUACAGAAGAGCCAGAGAGACAAUGUCCUCUCUCCAGAAGUGCAGUGCCAGCAAUUCAGGCAAUUCCAGUACCAGGAGGCCAAGGGGCCCCGAGAGGUUUGCAGCCAACUCCACCAUCUUUGCCACCGGUGGCUGAAGCCAGAAAGAAACAGCAAGAAGGAGAUGCUGGACCUGGUGAUCCUGGAGCAGUUCCUGGCUGUCCUGCCCCCAGAGAUGGAGAGCUGGGUCAGGGAGUGCAGGCCGGAGACCAGUUCCCAGGCGGUGGCCCUGGCAGAAGGCUUCCUCCUCAGCCAGGCAGAGGACAAGAAUCGGGAUCAGCAGGCGCAGAAGAAGAUCAUGCAGGAGCGCUACCACAGAACAACUUUUCUGGGUGGUGCCGUACAUGCGUUGUCAUCCCUUUGUGGCAGAGAGAAAGCAGCUUCUGUGCAGCCUGAUGGGGGCCUGGUGACCUUGGAGGAAGUGACUGUUCAUUUCACUGCAGAGGAAUGGGCUUUGCUGAAUGCAAGCCAAAGAAGGCUUCACCAGGAAGUCAUGGAGGAGAAUUGGCAGAAUGUGGCCUCUCUGGAGGCUGAUGGACUUUGGAACAAAUCCAAGGAAGAACCACACCACCAUGAACUUGAGAAAAAACAGCAGAAGAGAAUCAGUGGAACAAAAUGGAAGAGUGGGAAUGAAUCCUCUCCUCAGGGUGCUGAUGGACACCAAAGAAUUAAGACAGCUCGUAAAUGGUUGGAGUGUGGAAAAAGCUCUGCUCAGAAUUGCAUCUUUGCUUUUCCUCAACAAAACCACGGAGUGGAGAAAUCACAUAAAUGCUUAGAGUGUGGAAAGGGCUUUUCUCGACGUGAUACCCUAUCGGCUCAUCAACAAAUCCACAUUUGGGGGAAACCAUAUAAGUGCUCAGAGUGUGAAAAGAGCUUUGCUCAGAGUUCACAGCUUAAAUCCCAUCAACGUAUCCACACAGGCAGGAAACCGUAUGAAUGCUUGGACUGCGGAAAGAGCUUUUCUCAGAUUUCGAACUUGAAGUCCCAUCAACGUAUCCACACAGGGGAGAAACCUUUUAAAUGCUUGGACUGUGAAAGGAGCUUUGCUUACAACUCAGUUCUUACCACCCAUCAACGUAUCCACACUGGGGAGAAAUCAUAUGAAUGCUCGGAGUGCAGAAAGAGCUUUGCUCGUAGUUCACAACUGAAAUCCCAUCAAAGCAUCCACACAGGGGAGAAACCAUAUAAAUGCCUGCAGUGUGGAAAGAGCUUUGCUCAGAGUUCACGGCUUAAUAUCCAUCAACGUAUCCACACUGGGGAGAAACCAUUUAAAUGCUUGGAGUGUGGAAGGAGAUUUGCUCAGAGUUCACAUCUUACUAAACAUCAAUGUAUCCACACUGGGGAGAAACCUUAUAAAUGCUUGGAGUGUGGAAAGAGCUUUGCUUGGAGUUCUCAGCUUAAAUCCCAUCAACGUAUCCACACAGGGGAGAAACCAUAUGAAUGUUUGGUGUGUGGAAAGAGCUAUGCUUGGAAUUCACUGCUUACUAAGCAUCAACGUACUCACACAGGGGAGAAACCAUAUAAAUGCUUAGAGUGUGGAAAGAGUUUUGCUUACAGUUCAGAUCUUACUACCCAUCAACGUACCCACACAGGGGAAAAGCCAUAUGAAUGCUUGGAGUGUGGAAAGAGUUUUGCUCAGAGUUCACACCUUAAAUCCCAUCAACGUAUCCACACGGGGGAGAAAAUAUAUAAAUGCCUGGAGUGUGGAAAGAGUUUUGCUCAGAGUUCAGACUUUAAAUCCCAUCAACUAAUCCACACAGGGGAGAAACCAUAUAAAUGCUUGGAGUGCGAAAAGGACUUUGCUCAGAGUUCAGAGCUUAAAUCUCAUCAAUGUAUCCGCACCUGGGAGAAACAAUAUGAAUGCCUGGAGCUUGGAAACAGCUGUGCUUGGAGUUUACUGCUUACUAAACAUCAGCGUACCCACACAGGGGAGAAGCCAUAUAAAUGCUUGGAUUCUGAAAAGAGCUUUGCGUGUUCAGACCUUAUGGCCCAUCAGCAUUUACACACUGUGGAGAAACCAUCUAAAUUCUUGGAUUGUGCAGACAGCUUAGAUUUGACUGAAAGCAUUAGUGCACAUUGACAAAUCCACACACUGUAGAAAGCAUAUAAAUGCUUGUAUUCUGCAAAGCACUUUGCUUGGAGUUCACAGCUUAUUAAACAUUAAUAUAUUCACACUGGUGAAAAACAAUAUAAAUGCUUGGAUUGUUCAUAGAGCUUUGCUCAGUGUUCAUCCCUUAUUGCCCACUGACAUAUCCACUCUGGAGAGAAACCAUUAUAAAUCCUUCGAGUCUGGAAAUAGCUUUUCUCCAAGACCCUAGUCAAGCACUCUAAGCACAGCACAACUCUGGCUUUUCCAGUUCUGGGAGUUUGUCUAAAACAGGAGAUAUUUUCAUCCUUGUUUGUUUUGCCUCCUUGUUUGUGCUGUCUUUCUCUACUCGAUUGUUGUGCAGGUAUCACAGAGCUGGGGAAAGUACAAAGACGGCAACCAAACUGAUUAAGGGGUUGGAGCAUUUUUGCUGUGAGGAAAGGCUGAAGAACCUGGGACUUCUCAAUUUUGAAAAGAGAUGUCUAAGGGGGGACUUGGCAGAGAUUUAUAAAAUUAUGACCGAUUUUGAAUCUC